ACCGCGCUCAGGACCAUAUUUACGCACGGAUUGCGCGCAAGCGCACGAAUAGAUCUAAUAGUGACAGUAAACGUCCAAAAUGAAGUUAACGGUAGCGUUACUUCUGCUAGCUGCUGUAAGCCAGGCCGCAGAGGAGCAAUCAUCUUCUAGAAGUAGUGCACCUUCUAGAAGUAAACAGAAGACAACGCAGAGUAACACUGAGAAGCGAGCGCUGGUAGAAGGAAACGCGGGAGUAGAGAAAAGAACUCCUGCUGUUCCUAACGCACUGCCGUCUCCAACACCGGGCAUAGAGUACGCAGACUCCAAAGAACUUCACACCGACAAAUCUCCGCAACAACAAAUAUACGCAACACCAGUGCCGCAGCUAGCUAAGAUAUCCGACGUCUUGACAGGCCAGGGUCCACCAUUCCAAGCUGCCAUCGCCAGUCAUCUCUUCUCGCCUGUCUCCAUCUAUACGCCGCGGUUGGCUUCACCAACGUAUGAAAUUUCCGCACCAGUGCCUUCGCAACUCGCUUACUCGGAGAAGAUUACUUAUCGGCCGCAAACUCCUGAGCAGUUCACGCCACAAGUCUUCAAGAAGCCCAACUUCCCAAGGCCGACGUAUCCUCAACAGAUCCAGUAUCAACAAUUGCCUCAGCAACAACAAGUUUUGCAAUAUCAACCACCUCAGCAGCUGCCUCAACAGAUUGUUCAGUUCCAGCAACCUCAAAUAUUGCAACAGCAGCCUCAGGUUCUACCUCAGCAAUAUCAACAGUUACAACCAGUGUACAACCCUCAACCAGUUCAGUACCAGAAUCCUGUCCAGUACACUCAACAACCGAUUUAUAUUCCGCAACAAUUGCCUGCGCCCGCUCAACCCGGGAUCGUCUACGCUCAACAAGAACAAGUCAACCAGAAACCUAUUCAAAGAGAAUUGAAAACCGCUGAAACAGCUCAAAACAACCCACCUGAGAAACCUGAACAGAACUACAAUAAAGCUGCCCAAGGAGCAGUCAGCUACGCGAGUUUCUCAGUGGGGCCAGCUACACCAUCCCAGCAGAAAUAUCAACCUCAACCCCAGACAGAAGCACAAUACAGACCCCAACCACAGCUGCCGCAGCAACAACCACAACUCCAAACUCAACCCGAAAUUCAGUACCGGCAAUCUCUGCAACCACAAAUUCAGUAUCAACCCCAACCGCAAACCCAGACUGAACAAUACCGACCCCUACCACAGCAACAGAUCCAAUACCAACCACAAAUUCAACAAUACCAAACUCAAACCCCACAAAUACAGCAGAUACAAAACCAGCAGUACCAAAUUCAAAAGCAACCGCUGCCGCAAUUCACUCCUCAAUACCAAAAUUACCAGUACCAGUUGCAACCACAACACCAAUUUCAGAUCCAACCACAGAUAAUACAGAAAUUAGAACCGUCCCCGGUUAAUUCCGUGGCGGUACCAUCGAAGGCAGUAGCCGUGGGGUCGGAAAAACAGAUUUCCUAUUACAGACCCGACCCUGUGGUGUACCAACCGCAAGGUUACCAACAUAACUAUGCAUUCGAAAAUCAAUUUGCCACUCAAGCGUUAGCAGUACCAACUUUCCCGCCAGUUCAGUUCUUCGGAAAAUUUGCUCAAUCGAUUUUCAAGAACUACCAGCAAUAAAUUGUUAGUAAAAUUUUGAAUUGUUUAGGCAACGGUGACAUAAUUGGUAUGCCACAAUAUUGAAUCGCGCCUAUUAAUAAGCUAUUUUAAGUUAAAUAAAUUCUAAGAUGUUUGAAUGUAUGUUAGUGAAAAACUAUAGAAAUGUAUGAGUCAAUUUAUUAUAAGUACUUACCAACCAUUACAUUAUAACAUUUUCGUAUUUUCGCACGUUAUUUAUGAUUUUAUGUUUUAAGACCAUUAAGAUAGUAUUAUAGUAAAAUAAAGCAUAAUAAAAUACUGUACUUAAUCAAAUUAUCUGUAAUUUACUGUUCUUUAAAUAGUAUUAG